CUCUCUCUCUCUCCCUCUCUCUCUCCCUCUCUCUUCUCUCUCUCUCUCUCUCUCAGUAGUCAGUGUUUUCUCUUCCUGCUGCCCUGCUUCCUCAUGUCAGUCCUAUCCUCCAGCUUGAUUUUUGCAGCUUUUCCUUGCAGUCGCCGUGCUUCCAUCUGCCCAUGUUCUAGUUCCUCAGCGAAGAGCUUGCACUUCUUUUUUGUUCUUUUGUAUAUUUUUGGAUGAGCAGUAAAGAGCACGCACACGCUUCAAUGUUCCUGUACGAUGAGUUACCGCACUAUGCCAUGGACGGAGUGGGGGUGCCAACCUCCAUGUAUGGUGACCCACAUGCCCCUCGACCUAUCCCACCGGUACACCAUUUAAACCAUGGACCCCCUUUACAUGCCAGCCAGCAUUAUGGGACUCAUGCCCCCCACCCCAAUGUUAUGCCCACCAGCAUGGGGUCUGCUGUCAACGAUGCCCUUAAACGAGACAAAGAUGCCAUUUAUGGACACCCCCUCUUCCCUCUUCUAGCUCUGGUCUUUGAGAAAUGUGAACUGGCGACGUGUACCCCGCGGGAGCCGGGAGUAGCAGGAGGGGACGUGUGCUCGUCCGAUUCCUUUAAUGAAGACAUCGCUGUAUUCGCCAAACAGGUCAGGGCAGAGAAGCCCCUUUUCUCCUCCAACCCAGAGCUGGAUAACUUGAUGAUCCAAGCCAUCCAAGUCUUGCGGUUUCAUCUCUUGGAAUUAGAAAAGGUCCAUGAAUUGUGUGAUAAUUUCUGCCAUCGAUACAUCAGCUGUUUGAAAGGAAAAAUGCCCAUAGAUUUAGUGAUUGAUGAGAGGGACGGCAGCUCAAAGUCUGACCACGAAGAACUGUCGGGAUCCUCCACUAACCUCGCAGACCACAAUCCUGCCUCAUGGCGAGAUCACGAUGAUGCAGUAUCCACACAUUCUGCUGGAACGCCGGGACCCUCCAGUGGCGGCCAUGCUUCACAAAGUGGGGACAACAGCAGUGAACAAGGUGAUGUGUUAGAUAACAGCGUGGCCUCUCCAGGCACGGGGGAUGAUGACGACCCAGACAAAGAGAAAAAAAGGCAAAAGAAAAGAGGCAUAUUCCCCAAAGUAGCAACAAAUAUAAUGAGGGCGUGGCUCUUCCAGCAUCUCACACAUCCAUACCCAUCAGAAGAACAGAAGAAACAGUUAGCACAAGAUACGGGACUGACUAUAUUGCAAGUAAAUAACUGGUUUAUUAAUGCCAGAAGACGGAUAGUCCAGCCUAUGAUUGACCAGUCUAAUCGAGCAGGUUUUCUUCUUGAUCCUUCAGUGAGCCAAGGAGCAGCAUAUAGUCCGGAAGGACAGCCAAUGGGAAGUUUUGUGCUGGAUGGUCAGCAACACAUGGGGAUCCGACCUGCAGGUCCUAUGGGUGGAAUGGGCAUGAACAUGGGCAUGGAUGGGCAGUGGCACUAUAUGUAAACUUCAUUCUGCAGAGCAAUCACAAGCAGGGGGAAGUCUGCAGAACAUGCCAGGGGACUGUCUUUCUCAGGGUGGUCCUAUGAGUAUCAGUUUGGUACAACCAGCUCACACUUCUCCACAGUUGACAUUAUGCCCUCCCUCAAGACAUGGACCUGUGACGGUCCCAUCAGCAUGAGCCAUGUCCAUACAUCACAUGGAGGAUUCACCUUACCAGGGACAGCCACGUCUGCACCAUCACCCCAUUCUUCUGAAGCCCAGCUCAUGGAGUUUCAUCCUGCCCAAGAACCCAUCAUUUUUAUGGAACCUCAAGGGAAAACAAAAAAGAUAAUCUUUUAAGACUUUUGAACUUUGAUCGGUUUUAAAAUUCCAGACAGCUGUGACUUUUUUUUUUUAACUUUUGUCAUUUUUUUCAUCAAUAAAAAAGGACCAACGCAACAAGUACACAAAUGUGAAGUCAUGGGUUCACUUUAAUGCCCAUUAAAAAAAACAAGUCCCCUCUGGAAAGCAGAAAAAGACUCAGAGAUAUAACUACUGUAGGAUAAAACAUAGGAACUAAGUUAACUUGUACAUUUCUGUUGAUUUAAAUAGUUUUAGAAGAGACAAGAAAAGAUAUCCUUGUUUUUUCCACACUAUGUGUGUUGUUUCCAAAUGAAUGACUUGGCUCAGCCAGAACCCCCCUUCCCCUACCGUGGAAAGCUACAGAAUAUUUUUACCUGUGACCAGCGCGGAACUAGACCAAGGCCUGGAUGACAUCUAUUGUCUGUCAGUCUGUCCCUCAGCACUACAGGACAAUUUUGAUUGGGGCAGCUGCACAGACAUGAGAAGGACAAGCCGGGGCACCUAUGUUGUGCCUCCAGAAUUUGGACAUCCCCUUAUAUGGACAAGGGGGGCUUCCUGCAAUCUGGUCUUUGCACCAAAUGACAGACUGAACUUAAUUGUAAACUCAAAGAUUGAAGAGUGAGUGAGUGAUUGCGAGCGAUCGAGCGAGCGCGAGUGUGUGCGUGUCAGAGAAUGCGUGAGCGUGUGAGGAUGAACACGUAAGGAAGACAAUACUGUAACAAAAUUUGUUCAGAGUUUGUUCUAUUAAUGUUUCAUGUUAGAUAUUCUAUGUGUUACCUCAAAUGAAAAAAAAAGAAUGUUCUCCUAGUAAAACCUGCUGUGGGAUUGGUAUUGUAUGUCCAUGGAUAAUUUCUUUCUCAGCACGUGUUCCUCAUUAGAGAAAAAUGCUGUUACCUUUAAGCUUUGUCAAAUUUACAUUAAAUACUUGUAUGAGGACUGUGAGUUUAUGUUAAAAGAAAAAAAAAAGUGUUACAAAAUGCGGUAAUAAAUAUUUCAUUUUGGAUUUUU